ACGACGAUUUUAUUAUUCUUUUUUUAAAAAAGGAUCAAUCCUUAGCCUUUUCUCUUGGGAAACUAAAUUAUCCAUAACCAAUUAAUUAACCACCCUUUACUUGUAAGUAUAUUGAACCACUAUAAAUAUGAAAAAGCCUUUGUCUAGCUAGUAAAUACAUCACUUAAAAAUACAACAAGUUGGUCAGCAUUGAAGAAGUGAAAAAAUGGCAACUGCAGCUGCCGGUAGAGGAGCACAGUCCAUGAACUUCAUGUAUAUCAAGCCAAUUCUGCGUAAAGCGUAUCACAGGAAAAGCACAUCACCAGAGAUGAUUAGUGAUACAGUUAAAUUGAACGGUGAAGAUCAAGUGAAGAGUGUGAUGAAAAAUAAUCAUGAUGAUAGUUGGUGGGUCCCAGAUGACCGCACUGGAAUAUUUUAUCCAAAGGGUCAACAAAAAGUCAUUGAAGAUGUUCCUUCUGCUGCAGCAAAGGAUUAUGGAGCUGUUAAUUGGUUUUCUAAUCAUGAAGAUUAUCUAUAAUUAAAUUUAUUAAUUUGUUGCAAAAUGUAAUUUGCUUGUACGCUCUCCUGUUGUUUAAGUUGCUUUGUUUUUAUAAACAAUCAUGUCAAAAUUUAUAAAUAAUAUUAUC